CGACGAUUGCGUACUGACAGCUAGUAUUUGUCGCUAGAUUUGCGACAUCGAUUUUUCCCCCCCAAUAGAAAUGAAAUCUCUUAAUCCUGAAAAUGAACCUUUAGUUUAAAAAUUCGCGUCUGCCGAUGGAAAUCGUCAGCGCUGUACAUAUCAUUAUCUUUGUUAUGAAUUUCUCGGGGUACCUGCACAGGCUAAGCUGAUAGUUUAGUUUACCUCAGUCGGUGUUAUAGCUGGUUAGCUUAGCCGGUUUGGAUUAGCCAGGUUUUUUUUUUUAUAUAUAUAUUUGUGCUUUUAUUUAACGGACGUUAAUAAAGUAAUGUUAGAGAUGUGUGAUCCUAUUGCGCCGUGAUAUGGUGUUCGGCUGUGUUUACUGCUACGUUGCUAGCUGGCUAACUGCAGUCUGUCAUCCGUCAGACACAGCGUUAGCAAUAGCGUUAGCAAUAGCGUUAGCUCGCUGAAUGAGCGGAAUUUCAGUCGAGCACAAAUAGGCACGAAAACAUCUCCAGCUUUCUUUCUCCAUCUCACAGGAAUGCUUUAAGGUCGGGAAAGAUGUGUUAAUGUUUUCCUCAGGGGUUUAUCUGAGUGUCAUUGGGCAAUUUAGCUCUUUAUUUAUUGUUGUUGUUGCAUGCUUUAAUAUAGCUAGAUAAAGCUAACAACAGAUAACUGGAAACAGAUGUUGGAGAACCGUUAUUACCAUAAAUGCUAUAAUAUACGACGCCGUGAAUUAUAAAGGAUUAUAUAACGCUACCGAACAAUGUCUCUUAAGGCACCUGAGGCAGCGUCAGAUUUGUAUUAAAGGAUCUAUUACACAUUCCCUAUUAACGCUACUGGAGCCCUGGUAUUUAAUUUGAGGUCAUUUCUGAUAACCCUAUCCGUGAAGAGUUGGUACAGUACAGUAUCUCAGUCAAGAAUCUGAGCAUGAAGAAGUUUUUCGACUCUCGGAGGGAGCUGGUUAGUGUUGGUCCUGGUUCUGGAGGUGGAGGAGGAUCCAGUGGAGUCGGUGGGAACUUCAUUGGAAGGACCUUCAUCAUCGGACAUCAUCAGGUCACCGUGGAGGAAACCCUCGCUGAAGGUGGUUUCGCCAUCGUGUUUUUGGUUCGGACCAAUCAGGGUGUUCGGUGUGCACUGAAGAGAAUGUACGUGAAUAACGAACACGAUCUGCAGGUGUGUCGCCGCGAAAUUCAAAUCAUGAGGGAUCUCUCAGGCCAUAAGAACAUCGUGGGCUACGUGGAUUCGAGUGUGACGGCUGUAGGCGGCGGUGAUGUAUGGGAGGUUCUUAUCCUCAUGGACGUAUGUAAAGGCGGUCAGGUGGUGAAUCUGAUGAACCAGCGCCUUCAGACGGGAUUCACAGAGACAGAAGUGUUGCAGAUUUUCUGUGAUACAUGUGAAGCUGUAGCUCAACUGCACCAGUAUAAAACUCCCAUAAUACAUCGGGACCUUAAGGUGGAGAAUAUCCUGUUGCAUGAUCAGGGACAUUAUGUACUGUGUGAUUUCGGCAGCGCUACCAAGAAGUUCCAAAACCCCCAGAGUGACGGAGUGACUGUUGUGGAAGAAGAGAUAAAAAAGUACACCACUCUCUCAUACCGAGCUCCUGAGAUGGUGAACCUGUAUAACGGUAAACUUAUCACAACCAAAGCAGACAUCUGGGCUCUGGGCUGCUUGCUGUACAAGCUGUGCUUUUUCUCGUUGCCUUUCGGAGAGAGUCAGGUGGCUAUAUGUGACGGGAGCUUCACCAUCCCGGAUAACUCCCGUUACUCCUCCGACAUGCACUGUCUGAUCCGCUACAUGCUGGAGCCCGAUCCGGAUAAACGGCCCGAUAUUUAUCAGGUGUCUCACUUUGCUUUCCGACUUGCUCGACGUGAAUGUCCUGUCCAAAACACACAGAAUUCCCCUCUUCCCACCAAGCUCCCUGAGCCAAUAAGAGCAAGUGAGGCAGCAGCGGCAAAGAAGAGCCAAACACAGACCAAGGCCAGACUCACAGAUCCCAUUCCCACUACUGAGACAUCCAUCACACCACGUCAGAGGCCCAAAGCUGCUCAGGCUCAGCCAAUAGGGGGUGUCCUGCAAAUCCAACCUGCUGCACUCACACCACGCAAGAGAGGUACACCUAUACACUCAGCUGUGAGUGUGAAUUUGGCCCAGCCAGCCGCAGCACUGCAGUCCCAGAUGACACACUCCUCUACCCAGCCUCAGCACAAACAGCCUGUGCAGCCAAUCCCAGUCUCAAUACCUGUAUCCGGAAGUGUAACUCCACCGGUGACAAGCCCCGCCCCUCCAGCAGUAACAAGUCCUGCUCCUCAGAAAACCACGCCCACUCCGUCGAGUCCGGUUCCACCCACUGCUCCAGCACGUAGUGCCAAGCGCAAACAACAACAACAACAAACUCAACAGCCACCAGCACAACAUCAAAUACAGCCUCUUGCAGCACAGCCACUUGAAGCCAUGCCUACACCCACCCCACCUGUCCAGCCCUCUGCUGGGGAAAUGCCUACCAAUAUGGGCCUCUCCCAAACCCCGCCUUCUUCCCCAAAGACCCAGAAGGCAGGGCAUCGACGCAUCCAGAGUGAUGUCACACACAGUGCAAUGGUUGGUGUGUCCGCAAGCCAGUCAACGCAGCAGCUACAGGCUGCUACAGCUGAGGCGAACCUCAACAAAUCCAAGUCAGCCAGCGCCACUCCAUCCAACUCACCACAGUCUUCCCAGCAGAGUGUGUAUGAAUCCGGUCAGCAGUGUGGAGCCACCACUUCUGUCCCAAAUCUUGUCACCACUUCUACUCAAAGUCUUGCCACUUCUUCUGCCCCUCCUGCCCCGAGUCUAAGCACACCUUCCGCUCAGAGUCUUGGCACCACAGCUGCUUUGAGUCUUGGUGCCCUGGACCAGCCGUCCUGGAACCCCUUCGGAGAUGACAACUUCUCCAAACUGACUGCAGAGGAACUGCUUAACAAAAACUUUAGCAAACUCUCCAAAGAAACUGCAGAGCCUCCAAGCAUUUGCACAGAGGAACUUCUCCCUGGACUGGACUCUGUUGAACCCAUUACUCAGCCUUCAGCUGAAAGACCUGCUGAUAUCCUGGGGUUGGAUUCAGGUGCUGAUUUGCUGGCAGUACCCGAAAAGCUAAUAGAAGGUCUGAAGUCUCCAGACGCGUCUCUUAUGCUGCCUGAUCUCCUGUCACUGUCUGACCCAUUCGGCAGUUCUGUAGAAGACAUGAGAGAUGGAAGUGCUGAGGUGUGUGUGGACUCGCUGAUUCCAGGGCUGGAGGCUCCUCAGGUUCAUUCCGUGCAGUCGGAUGCAGUGAGGACAGACACUCUGAGUGGAGAAGACUCUCUAUUGGGCAGUCCGUUCUCCUCUGGCCCCGCCCCCUAUCUAGAUGAAUUUGCACCGGUGUCAGGUGGAUCUGUCCACAGCAUGACAGACUCGACAUGCUUGAUCUCUGGCUUUGAGCCACCAGGUUCAGACAAAAGUGCAGAUGACGAGUUUGACCCGAUCCCAGUGCUCGUCUCCAAAACGUCUCAAGGUGAGCCAAUCAGCAUGAAUGGUUACGUACCUGGAGCUCAGGAACAGGACAAGGAGAAGGAGGAAACUUUCACUAUCGUCCCCUCCGCGGAUGUUUUCUCCCUUGCUCCCUUCCCUUCCAGGCAGCAAGACGUUUUCCUACAGGCUCCGUUUGGGCCUCGUAAUAAUGUUUCAGUGCUGCAGCAGCCAGUGACUGUGAAUUAUGCCAUAUCCAGUGCGAGACAGCAGCCAAUCGCUGCACAUGGUGUCGGCCCACGUCCAGUUACGGCUGUCAGACAGCAACCAAUCAACGUGCCCCAUGUAGCACACCAUGUCUUUUCCAGUGUCAAACAGCAGCCAGAGACAGCACACUGUGUUGUGUCCAGUGUGGGACAGCAGCCAAUCACAGCGCACAGUGUUGUGUCCAGUGGGGGACAGCAGCCAAUCACAGCGCACCGUGUUGUGUCCAAUGUGGGACAGCAGCCAAUCACGGCGCAUCGUGUUGUGUCCAGUGUGGGACAGCAGGCUGCAGUUGGCUCUGUCUCUGUUGGGCCACUUUAUUCCUGGACUUUGGAUGUCAGAACAUCAGUUCAUGCCAGGUAUCAUCAGGAGAAGCCUUAAUGUCCUACAGGAACAUUUUACGAAGCCGUGUCUGUGAAGAUUUGCAGGAUUAUACAUGCUGCAGCUGAAUUAGUGUUUGUUUUACAGAGAUGGCACAGGCCAGAGUUUUCAGUUCUUUAGUUCAGUUUUUUAGUGCAUCACGAUAUGUGUGACAUGUUCAGACAGACAUUGUGAAGUCAUAUCAACAAGUCUGGUUUGAGAGUUUCCAGGAUUCUCUGACAUCAGCAGUGACAUCAUCAGCAUCGGGCUGGCCGCUCCAUACGUACGUGUUUUUUUUUUUUUUUUGUUUUUUCUUUUCAUCAUGCAAAAAAUAUGCAUGUGUAAAUAUGUUUUAAAGGGAAUACUGUGGACGUGAUAUUUACAAGAUACCCGACAACACAAACAGAACUGCACACUUCAGGCACAGUGUUAUCCCAGUGAUGUGUAGGACUGUAGGAGGUCUCAACUACCUUCUUCCUCUCUGCAGCACUUUAUUUCCACUGUACUUCUCAUGUAAACCUCAUUAAUGCAGUUUUAUCACCUCCAGUACACAUCUUUUUUCUAUGCAUUUUUGUUGGUUAAUUAUUGCUUAUCUGUAUUCACUGCACCAGUAUUUAGGUCUAUACUCAAUUUCGAAAUGAAGGAGAAAUGUGAAGGAAGCAUAUCAAACCCACAUUUCAUUAUUAAUCUAUAUCUUUUUUCACAAAGCUGCUUGUGAUUGUUCUGUCAUGCAAAAGAUUUAUUUCUGAUUGCAAAUCCAUCUCCCCUAGCCCCGCCCCUCAGCUCUACUGAUCCAUUCCCAUUGCCCCGCCCCUCAGCUCUACGGAUCCAUUCCCAUUGCCCCGCCCCUCAGCUCUACGGAUCCAUUCCCAUUGCCCUGCCCCUCAGGUCUCCUGAACCAUUCCCAUUGCCCUGCCCCUCAGGUCUCCUGAACCAUUCCCAUUGCCCUGCCCCUCAGGUCUCCUGAACCAUUCCCAUUGCCCUGCCCCUCAGGUCUCCUGAACCAUUCCCUUGGCCCCGCCCCUCAGGUCUCCUGAACCAUUCCCUUGGCCCCACCCCUCAUUUCUUCUGAACCAUUCUCAUGGCCCCACCCCUCAGGUCUCCUGAACCAUUCUGGCCCCACAUGCUAAUCUUUCUCGAGCCUCAUGCCUCAGUUCUUAAGCAUCAUUACACUGGACCGUCCCUCAAUGCUUCGUAGCUAUUUUCUGGCCCCACCCCCAACCUCCCUGGAGGCACUCUCCUGGCUCCACCCCUCAACACUUUAUAAAUAUUUCUCUGGCCACAACUCAUUAUUCUGGAGCCAUUUCAUUGGCUCCACCGCUCAUUUGCUAUUCCCCCGUUCCUGCCCCUCAACUUUCUGGAGGCAUUUACUAUGCAAAGCUGUAAGAUAUAUAGCUGUACUAUAGGUACUGUACUCUUAAAAUUCAGCUGCAGCUUUAGGACUGUGGUUCGUAACAUAAGAAGAAAGAAAAUCAUAAGAUAACAUUUAUAGAGUAACAUUUAAACAGACGGAUAAAAUAACUGCGCAUCACAUUCAGUACAUUCGUGUCGGUCUCAUUAACAUGUUCUUUGCAAAAGAAAAUUCUCAAAGAUGCAAGCAGGAAAUAUUAAAAAUGUAUUUUAAAAUGUACCAUUCACCCUAUUAUACCUCUGUAGUAAAUAAUGAGGACGCUAAAGACAGCAGGAUUCCAGAUGUAAAGAGGAACAAUGUUGGACGUUAAAUAAGGCAGAGGAUGAAGAGUGCAUGACGUAAUGAGAACAGGUUAUAUAGGUCAAGUUAUAUAGGACAUUUUUUAAAGCAAUUUUUUUUGCCUUAUGUCAUUUUGUCAGUUAGUUUGUCAGAGAAUGACUCACAUUAUCAUGUAUAAAUAUAAAGUUUGUUCUUUAUUGCUGCACUCUUCAAAGAUGGAGGGGAAUUUCAAAUCGCUUCUGUGAGACAAAGCACAGGCUUCAGUUCUGCUCCUGCUGCUGUGUUCAUUGGCAGUGUACGCAUCUGCUGUCACCUUCUGCUGGCUUUCAGAGACGGUCUGUUUCCACUCUCGCGUCACUUACCGUCUAAAUGUCUCAACGUGAAACCUGCUGUGUCAGCAAAGGCGCGAGAGGAGAUCGAAUUGUUUCCACUUUCCUUUUACAAGUAAUGGAGUAAACACACCAAGAUGCGCUUGAUAAACUACCAAUAGAAGGGACAGAAACUGCUAUUCACACAUGUCUCUCUGUGUAUGUAUCUAUUUCUGUUUCUCUAUGCAUGUCUGUAUAUCUGUUUAUGCAGCACAGACUGAGACUGAGGGUAAAACUGUGGCUUAAUAUUAAAGAAAAACA